AUGAUCGAGGGAGAUGAAACAACUCUUACAGCAACAACCAAGGAACAACCAGGUGAAGUGAUGGACAGAGAUAAGAACAACGAUGAUGGAAGUGAGCAUGACAACAACCCCAAAGAGUGGUUAAACCUGAGCCUAGGAGGCACUUCACUCUCAACAGCUGAAGACUCUGAUUCACAAUCAAGACCAGCCAAAGUUUUUUCUUGCAACUUUUGCAUGAGAAAGUUCUUUAGUUCACAAGCAUUAGGAGGUCAUCAGAACGCUCACAAAAGAGAAAGAGGUGCAGCCAGAAGAUAUCAAUCUCAGAGUCAGAGGACAGUGGCACUAAUGAGCUUGUCAAUGAGCAAUCCAAUGUUUCGAUCACUUGGUGUCCAGGCUCAUUCACUAGUGCAUAAGCCAUGUAGAGGAGGAACUAUGGGGGCCCCAAGCUUUCAAGAAGCAUGUGCAGCAGGGCUUGGAAUGGCAUGUACACCUUUCGCGUCUGAAUAUCAUACUGAUCAGCUGUGGCCAGGUAGCUUUCGUAUGGUUUCACAACAGUCCCAGCCACCACAGGAAUCACACAAGCUUGAUUUAGAUCUCAGACUCUGA